CCACCUCUUUUUACCCGCAACCGCCACCGCAACCGCCAACCGCCGCCGCCGCCCGCCGCCGCCCCGUUCGCGCCGAGGGGGAUAAAUGAAGUGCAAGAAGCACCCCGGCGACCUCAGCAGCGGCGCCGGCGUCUGCGCCUCCUGCCUCCGCGAGCGCCUCUUCGCCCUCAUCGCCGCCCAGGCCCAGGCUCAGGCUCAGGCUCAGGCGCAGGCCCGGGCGGCUGCCCAUGGCCGGUCCUUCGCCUUCGCCGCCGCCUCCGCCGCCGAGGCCGAGGAGGAUCGCCGUAAAUCCGACGCCCAGCCGCCUCCCCUCUCGUUCCCUCGCUCCGUGUCGCCCUACGAGUCUCGCCGGAAAUCCGACCACCACCCCACCCACCACCACCAGCAUCGGUUCUACAGCACGCCUCAGGUCGCCCCCACGUACGGCGCCGCCUCGGAGUGCGGCGGGGGCGGUGGGGAUCUCACCUCCCAGAGGUCUUUCAAGAAGAAGAGCCGGAAAUUCUCCCUCCUCGCCUACCUGUUCAGAUCCAGAUCCGAGAAGUUCGACGCCGAUCCGAAUCCGGACUCCUCCUCCGAUUCGGAUCCCAGGGCUUCUCGCGCGUCUCCCGUGCCUUCGUGGCUGUCGUUCCUCCCGGGCCGACGGAGAGCGCAGCAAUCGAGGCCGCCGCCCUCCGUCGAGGGCUCCUCCGCCGCCGCGGCCGGCCGAUGCGGGAAGCCCUCUCGGAUCCCGGCUCGCGGGAUGUCGCCGGCGCGGGAAGAGGACUCCGACGGGAACCCCGGCGUCGACCGGUCGCCGUCGGGGAACGUGUGCUCCUCGGAGUCGUCGCCGGGCUGGCGGAGGACGCCGGCGUCCGCCUCCGCCUUCGCCCCCAAAUCGGCGACCCGGGCGAGGCCGAGCGGGCACGCGAGGAGCGUGUCCGGGUUCGCCUUCUGCCUGAGCCCGCUGGUGAGGGCGAGCCCCAGCCGGAACCGGAAGCAGAAGGGCGGCGGCGGCAGCGUACCGCCCCCGGAGGCCGGGUACUCGGGCGAGAUCAGGGCGCCGGCGAAGCCGCACCUCGCCGCGGCGACGCCGUUCUGCAAGAACCGGUCGCGCAAGCUCGCGGAUUUCGGGAGGGCGCACCACGACCGUUGAUUUUUUGGGGGGGGGGGGCGCGGCCGUUGACGUUGACUCAGGUGACGGUGGUGAUCUGGUUUCUACGCCGGGAAGAGUUCUUGGUCCCGUUGAUUUUUGAGUUUUCUUCGGUUUUUUUUUCUUCUUCUUCUUUUUAUUUUUAUUUUUUAUUGUUCAUAUUAUUAAACAGAAGUACAGUCCGACACAUACGAUAAUUUUUUUUAGUGUACAAAUAAAAAUGUCUGGUUUUACGA